AUGGUGCAGGGUGUUUUGUCAUUCAGUGAUGUGGCCAUUGAGUUCUCCAAGGAGGAGUGGGAAUGCCUGGACCUUGCCCAGAGGGGACUCUACAGGGACGUGAUGUUGGAGAACUACAACAAUCUGGUCCCUGUAGAUUUCACUGUCUCUAAACCAGACCUAGACACCUGUCUGGAGCAAAGAAAAGACCUGUGGAAAGGGAAGAAAGAGGAGACAGAAGAAAAGCAUCCAUACUUAGUCAACUGUCUGGAGCAAAGAAAAGAUCCACGGAAAAGGAAGAAAGAAGAAACAGCCAAUAACCAUCCAG